ACACAUACACAUGAAACACUUACUUACACACACUUCACACAGACGCCACAUGGACAGAUACACUCUCAGGCAUUCUCACUUCAGAGCGAAAUCUGCACUUCUGGUUCAAACAGAGGGCUGCAUUCAGCUUUUUGACAGCUUCCACAUCCAUUUUGACCUUUUUUAGCAGUGUUUUCUUCAAGUUUAUUUGGCACUUGGGGCAGAAAGACACUUUGGUACUGCUGGGAGAUUUUUGGACUAGUUCUUGCUUGUAUCAUCAGCAUCUUUGAAGUGGUUUGGUUGGCUCGGCAUCAGCAUGCAGGUGUCUUUUGUGUGCACGGACCAUCGAGCCGUCAGCCGGAGCACAGAGGACCGACUGAACCGCCAGAACACCAACAGCCCGAGUUUGGGGACAAAAAGCAAGUUUCGGGCUGUGGCGAUGGUGGCCCGCAGUUUGGGCCAGUUGUCUGUGCAGAACAUGCCCUCCGCUGGAGACCACUGCUUGAAAACUGGCAUGAAAUAUAGGAACCUCGGGAAAUCUGGCUUACGGGUAUCAUGUCUAGGGCUGGGGACUUGGGUAACUUUUGGUGGACAAAUCACUGAUGAGAUUGCUGAGCAGCUGAUGACGCUGGCGUAUGAGAACGGCAUCAAUCUGUUUGACACCGCUGAGGUGUACGCGGCAGGGAAGGCUGAAAUGGUCCUCGGCAGUAUCAUCAAGAAGAAAGGAUGGAGACGUUCCAGUUUGGUCAUCACCACAAAAAUUUACUGGGGUGGAAAAGCAGAAACAGAGAGAGGCCUAUCUAGAAAACACAUUAUAGAGGGUCUAAGGGCAUCACUGGAGAGACUUCAGUUAGAAUAUGUGGAUGUAGUGUUUGCUAACAGACCUGACCCCAACACGCCAAUGGAAGGAGAUCCAUUUAACACUUCAAAAUCAAGAACAUUCAUCAUAGAAGAGACGGUUCGAGCAAUGACGCAUGUGAUUAACCAGGGUAUGGCUAUGUACUGGGGGACAUCCCGCUGGAGCUCCAUGGAGAUUAUGGAAGCGUAUUCAGUGGCUCGACAGUUCAAUCUGAUCCCUCCUGUCUGUGAGCAGGCCGAAUAUCACAUGUUUCAGAGAGAGAAGGUGGAAGUACAGCUGCCUGAACUCUUCCAUAAGAUAGGUGUGGGUGCCAUGACGUGGUCUCCACUGGCGUGUGGCAUCAUCUCAGGGAAGUAUGACAGCGGUGUGCCUCCUUGUUCCAGAGCCUCCCUCAAGGGCUACCAGUGGAUGAAGGACAAGAUCCUGAGUGAGGAAGGCCGCCGUCAGCAGGCGAAGCUGAAAGAGUUGCAGGCCAUUGCGGAGCGGCUGGGCUGCACACUGCCUCAGCUGGCCAUCGCUUGGUGUCUGAGGAACGAGGGUGUGAGUUGUGUUUUGCUGGGGGCGUCCAGCACCGAUCAGCUCAUGGAGAACAUUGGAGCAAUUCAGGUUCUUCCAAAAUUAUCGUCCUCGAUUAUACAUGAAGUGGACAGUAUCCUAGGCAACAAGCCCUACAGUAAAAAGGACUAUCGGUCCUAAUAGAAAAGUCAAUAAUGGCACUGUGUCAACCUGCUUCUCUCUCUGAGCUUUGACUGAACUAAACAUUGGCACACAGGACCAGCACUGUCACCGGUCCUGCAGGAGACGCCAAACCGCACACUACCUGGAGCCUGAGAAGAGCCUACAGCGCACAGGCAUAGGGAAAGCAUGCUCACGAACAAAUACAGCUCGAACCGGCUGAAUAUGCAGAAUGCCGCUCCAAAAACACCACCAAAAAAAACCCAUCAAACUCGCUGUCUCUGAUCCUUCCUCCCCUUGUAGAACACACUGAGAAGUGCAGUAUUAGGGAAUACUAGAAAUGCAUGAGAUCCACUGGCCAGUGCACAUGCUUUUUAUCUGCGUUCUGGAAGACUAAUAUAUUUGCAAGCUUAAUGGGAAAUAAUAAUGAAAGCGAUGAAGCACUUUAGUUACUGGAUGUAGAAAGUUGAACUAAUCAAGGCUGUUGGAUGUUAUUUAUCUCUAGUUUUAUACGGAAACAUCUCUAAAUCAAUAGCCAAUAUAUUGCUCGUUUACAAGAUCUCAUUUAUAUUGCUAUAGCUGUAUCGUUUAUGGCUGCUUUUUAGUUAUAGAAAGAGGAAGCCAUUGUAAAUUGUAUGUAAUACUGUAAGUAGACAGACGUUAGAUUUGGGUUGGGAGAUUGUAGGAAAUAUUAAAGGGAUAGUUUGUUGAAUAAUGAA